AAAAAAAAAAGUCUCUCAAAAUAGGGCGAUCCAUGGAGGAAAAUCAGUCCAAGUUUGGCAAGCAUUUGUCAGUAGCCUGUAUGAGCUAGGCCCUGGGUACUUCAAGAUCAAACAACAAAUGUCUGUAGGUCAUUCCCAGGUCAGCAGGGAGCCAGGUGGGUCAGCAGGGAGACAGUCACAUUGGGAGUUAGGGCUUCAGUAGGGAGACAGGUGGGUCUCAGGCGAUGUCAAGAGAUCUUGGUCAGAGCUAGGCCUGAAGAAGAUUCUGUUAUCUCUGCUCAGGAAUCAGGGGACCAGGAAGGGCCAUGAAACUACAUUGGGGUUGCAUUAUGGUGGUGGUGUUGGUGGGAGGGUGUAGAGGCGGGGCUUGUCCUGGAAAGUUGGAUCUCAGGGUCAAGGUAAGGGGAGAGGGGCAGCGAGGCUCUCAGCACUUUGUGCUCUGGGUGCAGAGGGGACUGGAGGGUAGAGUAUGGAAGCAGGGAGCUCUGAUCCUGGGUUCUGCUGGGCCAAAGCAGGAGGCAGAAGGCUGGGCUUAGUAAGCGGUGAGGAUGGUGAGAGAAAUAUUCAGCAGUCAGACUGGAAAGGACUUGUCUGCAAGCUGGGUGUGGAGUAUCAGCAUCAAUCCUAGGUUUUUCUGCCUGGUUAGGUGGGGAAGCAGAUUUGAGAGAAAGAUCUUAGUUUGGAUAAACGGGGUCUGAACUCGCCGGGGCUGGAGCUCAUGAGGUCCUGGUUGGAGAGGGCAUUCAGAGAGUAGAUGCCAGUCCUGGGAAAGGCAGGGGAGGAGAGGAGAGCCACGGCUGACGCUUGGGGACAGAAGGAGGAGCCUGAGGAGGAGACAGGACGGAGCGUCUGGAGAGGCAGGAGGACACCGAGUUCCCAGUGUUGGCCUCCAGGUCCUGUGAUUGCGGAGCCGACUGGCGGCUGGGAUCGAGCUCCGACAAUGGGCAACGCGCAGGAGCGGCCGUCGGAGACUAUCGACCGCGAGCGGAAACGCCUGGUCGAGACGCUGCAGGCGGACUCGGGGUUGCUGUUGGACGCGCUGCUGGCGCGGGGCGUGCUCACCGGGCCAGAGUACGAGGCAUUGGAUGCACUGCCUGAUGCCGAGCGCAGGGUGCGCCGCCUACUGCUGCUGGUGCAGGGCAAGGGCGAGGCCGCCUGCCAGGAGCUGCUGCGCUGUGCCCAGCGUACCGCGGGCGCGCCGGACCCCGCCUGGGACUGGCAGCACGUGGGUCCGGGCUACCGGGACCGCGGCUAUGACCCUCCAUGCCCAGGCCACUGGGCGCCGGAGGCACCCGGCUCGGGGACCACAUGCCCCGAGUUGCCCAGAGCUUCAGACCCCGACGAGGCCGGGGGCCCUGAGGGCUCCGAGGCGGUGCAAUCCGGGACCCCAGAGGAGCGAGAGCCAGAGCUGGAAGCUGAGGCUUCCGAAGAGGCUGAACCGGAGCCAGAGCCAGAGCUGGAACCCGAGCCUGAAGCAGAACCAGAGCCGGAACUAGAGCCAGAACCGGACCCAGAGCCCGAGCCCGACUUCGAGGAAAGGGACGAGUCCGAAGAUUCCUGACGGCCAGAGCUCUGAUCGGCGGUGCCCCGCAAUGCUGGAUAGGACCUGGGAUGCUGCUGGAGCUGAAUCGGAUGCCACCAAGGCUCGGUCCAGCCCAGUACCGCUGGAAGUGAAUAAACUCCAGAGGGUCGGACGGGACCUGGGCUCUCUCCACGAUUCUGUUUGCCCAGGAACUGAGGGUGGGUACCUCUGAGUCCCAGGGACCUGGGCAGCCCCAAGCCCACCACAAGCAUCAUCCAGUCCUCAGCCCUAAUCUGCCCUUAGGAGUCCAGGCUGCACCCUGGAGAUCCCAGACCCAGCCCCCUAGUGGGACAAGGACCUGACCUCGUGCCCGCAUACACAACCCAUUUCCCCUCAUGAGCCACUUGGCAGCUUGUGUAGGUACCAGCUCAACCCCAUGCAAGUCCCUGAGCUGAACAUGGAGCAAGGGGAGGGUGACUUCUCUCCACAUAGGGAGGGCUUAGAGCUCACAGCCUUGGGAAGUGAGAUUAGAAGAGGGGAGCAGAAAGGGACCUUGAGUAGACAGAGGCCACACACAUCAUUGUCAUUACUGUUUUAAUUGUCUGGCUUCCCUCUGGACUGGGAGCUCAUUGAGGAUUCUGACCAGUAACUUACACAAAAGGCGCUCUAUCCAUAUUAUAAUAUAUUCGCUUACUAAAUGAAUAAGGACUUUCCA